CUAUCAGUUCUUCUUCAGCAUAUGCAUAUAAACUCUCUCCCGCGAGUCAACCGCCGGCGAUUUCCCCUUUCCGAUGGCGUCCGAUCUGCUCGAGAUCUCCUUCGCUGGAAUAUUCGCUUGUAGCGCUUUCGCCGCUUGCUUCGCCGAGUUCUGUACUCUGCCUUUAGACACAGCGAAAGUUAGGUUACAACUGCAAAAGGGGGCAGCGUCUGGGGAAGGAGGAUACGGUGCAUCUAAGUACAAGGGAUUGUUUGGUACUAUGGUGACAAUAGCUAAGGAAGAAGGGAUGGUUUCUCUCUGGAAGGGCAUUGUUCCUGGCUUGCAUCGACAAUUUCUCUACGGGGGCCUAAGGAUUGGGUUGUACCAGCCUGUUAAGGUCUUACUUGUAGGCAGUGAUAAUGUGGGAGAAGUUUCUUUGCUCCCUAAAAUACUAGCUGCAUUGUUAACUGGUGCUAUAGCAAUUUCUGUGGCCAAUCCCACUGAUCUAGUGAAGGUUAGACUUCAGGCUGAAAGUAAAACACCUGCUGGUGCACCCAGGCGUUAUUUUGGAGCUAUGGAUGCAUAUUAUACAAUAGCAAAACAGGAAGGGUUUGCAGCUUUAUGGACAGGGCUUGUGCCAAAUGUUGCACGGAAUGCUAUUAUAAAUGCUGCUGAGCUAGCUAGCUAUGAUCAUGUCAAAGAGACAGUCUUAAAAAUUCCAGGCUUCACUGAUGGUCCUUUAACCCAUCUCCUGGCGGGUUUAGGAGCGGGAUUUUUCGCAGUCUGUAUUGGCUCUCCUGUUGAUGUGGUUAAGUCUAGAAUGAUGGGAGACUCAAUUUACAAGAGCACUUUGGAUUGCGUUUUCAAAACUUUAAAGACUGAGGGGCCUUUUGCUUUGUAUAAGGGGUUCCUUCCCAAUUUCACUCGACUAGGAUUAUGGAAUGCUAUCAUGUUCUUGACUCUUGAGCAUGUUAAGAGAUUCUUCAGAUGAGCCACAAGGAUUUUGCCUCUUGGCUGCUGCUUUGAUUAGGAGAACAUGUGAGAAGACUAGUAAUUAGCUUGGAUUAGUUUUGUUAUUUUGAUUUUUAUUUUCGGUUACUGUUUGAUGCCAGCUGGCUUUCUGUUGAAAGGGACUUUGGCUAUUUAUGGGGCUUGCACCCCUUUUGUAAUGUUUAGUUGGGAAAACUUCACAAGUAAUGAAAUCAUCUUCUUCUUCCUUCUUAUCAAAUUUAUCAUGGUAUCAGAGCCAAGAAGAAGAUGAUUUCAUUGCUUGUGAAGUUUUUCCAACUGAACAUUACAAAAGGGGUGCAAGCCCCGUAAAUAGCCAAAGUCCCUUUCAACAGAAAGCCGGCACCAAACAGUAACCGAAAAUAAAAACCAAAAUAACAAAACUAAUCCAAGCUAAUUACUAGUCUUCUCAACAUGUGCCCUUAUUCAUUCAUUGUAAAUCUAUAUAUAAAUUACCAGAUUCUUU